AGCGGCCACCGCGGCUCGCAGCGUGGCGCCCGCGCCGCCGCCCCCAGCCGCUGCGCCGUCCGCCGGGCUGCGGGUGCUGGGGGCGCGCGCGGCGAGCUCAGGGUUCCACAUCGGCGUGCAGGACCGGUGCAUGUACUCGCACACCUUCCGCUUCGGCGGGAAGGAGCCGUUCACGACGGGCUGCACGGCCGUGGUGCAGGUGAGGGUACACGGCAGGGAGCUGGGCGUGGACAGCGUGCUGCUGGACAUCUCCGAGGCGCAGCGGCUGCUGCGCGGCGCCAUGGCCGCGUACGACCAUAAGAACCUGGACGAGCUCGAGGAGUUCCAGAGCCCUCGGCGCAACACGACCGUCGAGGUCGUCGCCCACGCCGUCUUCAAGCGCAUGUACGAGGGCCUGAAAGAGCACCACGACGACCUGAUGAGCUUCGACGGUGUGGGCCUGAGCGCCGUGACGAAGAUGGAGGUCUCGGUGCAGGAGAGCGACGUCGCGUUCGCCGGCUACUUCGAGGAGAAUCCCCAGGGGUUGUUCUCGACCUGAGAGGGCUCCCCGUUCUUCGUCUACUCCUCCUUGGCCUCCUUCCCCCUCGGCCUCCUGCAGAGGCGGAGACGCAAGAUAGAGACCAUUCCUCAUUUUGCCUAUGGG